AUGACAGUCACAGACGGUAACGUGAUUCGAUUCCACCUCCAGGUUCUUCACGGCAUCACCGUGAAGAACCUGGAGAAGAGGAAGGAGAGGCUGUUCAUCGGAGGGGUGAAGAUCUUUGGUGUUCCUCUGGAGAACUUGCCCAGGACAGACAACCCACUGAUUGAAUAUGAUUUCAGUUUUCUGGUGGAUGCCUGCUCGUUUCUCCUGGAGCGUGCUGGGACUGUGGGCCUGUUCAGGAAACCAGGCUCACUUCCUCGCAUCAAGACCCUCAGGGCCAAGCUGAACAGAGCGGAGGACUGUGUGACCACCGCCAACCCCUACGACGUGGCCACGCUCAUCAAACAGUUCUGCAGGGAGCUGCCGGAGCCUCUGUUCCCCCCCGAGCUCCACGCUGCCUUGCUCAAGGCCCAGUCGCUGUCCGAGGGGCAGGAAAGGACGUCCGCCCUCCAGCUGCUGUCCUGUCUGCUCCCUGCCAGAAACUCCUCCUGUCUGCAUUACCUCCUCAACUUCCUCUCUGGGGUCUCCGAGAGAUCCUCUGAGAACCUGAUGACCAGCUCCAACAUCGCCACAGUCUUUGUUCCGUGUCUUCUGCCCCCGCCCAACAAGACGGAGAUGUCUGAGAGUCGACUGGAGCUGCGAGUGCUCGUCCUGCGCACCUUCAUCGAUAAUCCUCACUUAUUCGGUAAAGACCCAACACUUUAA